UAUCAGUUGUCUGAAACAGUGCCUAUUUCAAUUAACACCAAUGUCAUUGGUGUGUAAAGUGUUUUAAAAUUAUAAGCCUUACAUUUUGCUUCGCAGGUAAUGGAUUACUUGUUCAGAGAAACUAAUAAGAUGACCUACCCAACAAACGUAGACCCCAGAUGCCCCUACACAUCCAUGAUGAUUUCUCGAAUUCAUGGUCUACCUGAAGAAGCCGAGGAAAUGCAGCGGUAUUGUAAAGAAGAUACAUUGAAUACAUUUAAUUACAUGCGGUUUGUGGCCAAUAAAGAGGCGAUCGUGUACCUGACACAGAAGAAGUACAAAUUGCCGUACGAUGAAGCCGACAAACGUUGUCGGGAAACAGAAUUUAAUUUUAGAGCGGCAUUUAAAUCUUCGCUGAAGCAACAAAAGAGAUGAAAUUCUUCGGUUUUAUCUCUAUGUUUUUAUAUGGUUUAUAUUAAUAUUAUUCUUAUUAUCAUUCUAAUUAUUACUAAUAUUAUUAUCAUUAUUAA